AUGAGUGAAGCUAAGGACGAGGUGCAGUUGGCAAAAGAAGCCGCCGAAAGCAGGACCGACACUGCCCCAGAAACGAUCUUUGACAAGAUUAUCCGGAAGGAGAUUCCUUCCAAGAUCGUUUUCGAGGAUGAUCGCGCCUUGGCCUUCCGGGAUGUGAGUCCACAGGCGCCGGUGCAUGUCUUGGUGAUUCCCAAGGUGCGUGAUGGCCUUACCCAGCUCCAAAAUGCCCGAGAGGACCAGGAGGUGUGCAAACGAGGAAAGCUGGAGAAAUCAGGUAUGAGAGCUUCCAAGAUUAUAUAA